CUCCAGUCCAGUAGAUGACAGAAACGCACCGUGAGUUGUUUUUCCAACCACCAUAAAACACGAGAUGAAACAAGAGCUGCAGACAGUUUGAGCGCGCAGAUGUUCAUCAUGAGAGAGCAGGUGGAUGUGAUCUGCUGUAAAUCAGUAGGAACUGAUCUGUCCAUGCUGGAUAUUGAUGAUUUCAUCACAGAAAUCUCUCAGCUGAAGAAAGAGGUGACGUCACUGAAGAAAGAGGUGACGUCACUGAAGACAAAACUGAAGGAGAGAGAUGACAGGUUACAGGAGCUGGAAAAGGUUUCCUGUCAAUCUUCAGUGUGUGUGACUGAUGGGACCUCCACAGAAUGUCAGGAUUCAGUGUGGAGCGGCAGAGAUCAGUCCACACCACAGCAGCUGCUGGACAAACUCUCUGAACAGAGAUCCAGAGACACACAGGACUCACAGCUCACUUUACUCUGUUCUACUGAUGCUCAGGAGAGUGUGUGUGACAGUAAUCAGGGUGAUCAAACCUCCACAGAGUCUCUGACUUCUGUCUGUAAUGCUGGAGAACAGCAGAUGCUGCAGACACCAGUGAAGAUUGAAGUGAAGCAGGAGGAGAUCAAAGAAGAGGAGCACAGUGAUGAAGAUGAUGAUGAACAGCAGAUGCUGCAGACACCAGUGAAGAUUGAAGUGAAGCAGGAGGAGAUAAAAGAAGAAAUCACAGCAGAGGAACAACAGAGUGAUGAAGAUGAUGAUGAUUUUAUUCCUUCAGAGCUGAUGGAAGUGAAAGAGGAACAACAAGAGCUGAAUGAAGUGGAGGAGAAGCAUCAUGAUUUCACAACUGGAGAAAAAUCUUUGAGUGGCUCAAACACUAAAAAGAAUAUCUCAUCAAAAAAGCCUCAAAGAAGAGCAGCCAAAAAUAAUUUCACCUGCUCUCAAUGUGGAAAUAGUUUCUUAUAUAAAAGCCAGCUUAAUGUACACAUGAGAAUUCACACUGGAGAGAGAACUUACACGUGCCAUCAGUGUGGAAAAAGUUUCACAAAUAAAGGAAACCUUAAGAUGCACACAAGAGUUCACCCUGGACAGAGGCCUUACACAUGCCCUCAGGGUGGGAAAAGUUUUGCACCUGCUGCCCGAUUCAAAAAUCAUCUCUGCUGUCACUCUGUAGAAAGACCUUAUAAAUGUGAUCAGUGUGGUAAAACAUUUGUUGUGGCAGCGUACCUAAGACAACACCUGAAAACUCACACAAAUGAGAAGCCUUACAAGUGUUCUAUUUGUGGAAAGAGUUUUGCACGUGUGUCUUAUUUUAAAGAGCACCAGAAAAUACAUACCGGUGGGGGGGCUCAUAUGUGCUUUGAAUGUGGGAAGACCUUUACUACAGCCGGCAACUUGAAACAGCACCAGAGAAUCCAUACUGGAGACAAACCAUACAAGUGCUCACACUGUGGAAAGACUUUCACUCAAUCACAAGACCUGAAAGCACACGAGAGAAUCCAUACUGGAGAAAAACCUUACAAGUGCUCACACUGUGGAAAGUGUUUCACUCUUCCAGUAAACCUGAAAAGACACAAGAGAAUCCAUACCGGAGAAAAACCAUACAAGUGUUCACACUGUGAAAUGAGUUUCACUCAGUCACAACACCUGAAAAGACACAAGAAAAUCCAUACUGGAGAAAAACCAUACAAGUGCUCACACUGUGGAAAGACUUUCACUCAGUCACAAAGCCUGAAAACACAUGAGAGAAUCCAUACUGGAGUGAAACCAUACAAAUGCUCACACUGUGGAAAGUGUUUCACUCAGUCAGUACACCUGAAAACUCAUGAGAGAAUUCAUACUGGAGUGAAACCAUACCACUGCUCUUCAUGUGGGGAAAGUUUCAGUGCGGCAAGUACUAUACAGAAACAUGUAAAAAAUAAUUGCUCAAGUAGUCACAGUGAGCAAAAAACAUCCUCAUGUCCAACGAUAUCAAGUAAAUAUGCCUGCUAUCUCUCCUGUAUGCCGCCAGAGGUCAGAAGUUUGAUGGAUCACCCAGUAAGUGUAGAGGAUUUCUUACAAUGUGAGCUUUUUCUGUCUCAACUACCUCUCAUGCAUCCCAAUGAUGAAGCUCGUGUUUCCUUCAUCGUAUCACUGCUGUCAGGAAAAGCACUAGACUGGGCUAUGUCAGUUUGGAGUCGUGAGAACAUACUAAAGGGGUCCCUGUCUCACUUUCUUGCUCGUUUACGGGAGGUUUUUGAGCACUCUGAGGGUAGGAAGGUCCCGGGAGAACUUCUAUUGAGUUUAAAAAAGGGGAAUAGGUCUGCUGCUGAAUUCGCCUUAUCCUUCCGCAGACUAGCAGCGCAAACUGUGUGGGUAGAGGACACAUUGAAGCUGUUGUUCCGUCAGGGGUUAAAUCCUGAUCUUCUGACUGAGCUAGCAUGUCGUGAUGAGGGGAGAUCUCUUGAUGAAUUCAUCAAACUAGCCAUUUGCCUGGAUAAUCUAAUCAGAGCCCAUCGUCCAGUCAGUCCCCUUCAGACAUUUCACUCUGAUAUCGUUGUAACCAGUCAUCACGAGCCCAUGCAUGAGGCUUUCAGCAAAUCAAAGGCUACACAGCUUCCUCCUCACCGUUCCUGUGAUUGUCCAAUUGACCUUCUGCCAGGCUCCUCUCCUCCAUGUGUACAGAUAUACCCCUUAUCCGAACCAGAGACUAAAGCAAUGGAGGAGUACAUUUCGGAGUCCCUUGAAAAAGGUUUCAUUCGACCAUCCACUGCUUCUGCUGCCUUCAUCUUCGUAGGAAAGAAGGAUGGGGGUCUUCGUCCAUGUAUUGACUACCGAGGCUUGAACACUGUCACCAAGUAUCGCUGUCCCCUUCCCCUGGUACCAGCAGCAUUGGAGCAGUUACGAAAUGCCAAAAUCUACACCAAAUUGGAUCUUCUCUACAUUGAUGAUGUUUUGAUAUACUCUUCUUCCCUUGAUGAGCACAUUCAACAUGUCGGAGUGGUGCUCAACCGCCUCAUCCAACAUCAGCUUUAUGCCAAGAUGGAGAAAUGUGAGUUUCAUCAGUCUACCAUCUCUUUCCUGGGUUAUGUCAUCUCCUCUGAGGGGGUCUCCAUGGACUCUUCCAAGGUACAAGCCAUACUGCAGUGGCCACUGCCUGUGUCAGUCAAAGAAUUACAGCCCUUCCUUGGUUUUGCCAACUUCUACAGACUAUUCAUCCGAGGUUAUAGCUCGGUGGCGGCCCCAUUCACCUCAUUGCUCCAAGUUGAUUCAGGUGUUGGUGCGAUACUCUCCCAACGACAAGGAUCUCCUGCCAAACUCCAUCCCUGUGCCUUCUACCCACGCAAGUUAUCUGUGGCCGAGAGAAACUACGAUGUCGGCAAUCGAGAACUCUUAGCCAAGAAGGUGGCUUUCGAGGUGUGGAGACAUUGGCUAGAGGGAGCUCAUCAUCCUUUUCUGGUGAUCACUGAUCAUCAUAAACUAGAGUACAUUCAAUCUGCUAAACACUUAAAUCCUCGUCAAGCUCGAUGGUCUCUCUUCUCCAGGUUCGAUUUCACCAUCACCUUUCGACCUGGCUCCAAGAACACCAAAGCUGAUGCCCUGUCCCGCAUUCAUGGGUCCACUACUGGCAACAACCCUGUGACUUCCAUUAUUCCACCCACUCUCAUUGUCGCUUCCGUACAAUGGGACAUAAUGGCAGACAUCACCCAAGCUCAGAACCAAGAACCCACUCCCGCUGACUGCCCUCCAGAUAAGAUUUUUGUUCCCAACUCCUUACGCAACAGAGUUCUACACUCCAGUCUGAUCUCCUUCAGCCUCUACCUGCCCCUCGACGUCCUUGGUCUCAACUCUCAAGGUUUUACUUCCAUCUUAACCAUGGUGGACCGCUUCUCUAAGGCAUAUAGAUUCAUCCCUCUGCCCAAGCUCCCCUCGUCAGUGGAAUGUGCUGAGAAUCUGUUUCAACACCUGAAAACUCACACAAAUGAGAAGUCUUACAAGUGUUCUUUUUGUGGAAAGAGUUUUGCAUAUCUGUCCUAUUUUAAACAGCACCAGAACAUACAUUCUGGUGUGGGAGUCCAUAUGUGCUUUGAAUGUGGGAAAACCUUUACUACAGCCGGCCACUUGAAACAGCACCAAAGAAUUCAUACUGGAGAAAAACCUUACAAGUGCUCACACUGUGGAAAGUGUUUCACUCUUACAGAACACCUGAAAAGACACAAGAGAACUCAUACCGGAGAAAAACCAUACAAGUGCUCACACUGUGAAAAGUGUUUCACUCUUCCAGAGUACCUGAAAAGACACACGAGAAUCCAUAAUGGAGAAAAACCGUACAAGUGCUUACACUGUGGAAUGAGUUUCACUCUUCCAGACAAACAGAAAAGACACAAGAGAAUCCAUAAUGGAGGAAAACCAUACAAGUACUCACACUGUGGAAAGACUUUCACUCAGUCACAAAGCCUGAAAACACAUGAGAGAAUCCAUACUGGAGUGAAACCAUACAGAUGCUCACACUGUGGAAAGUGUUUCACUCAGUCAGUACACCUGAAAACUCAUGAGAGAAUUCAUACUCGAGUGAAAACAUACCACUGCUAUUCAUGUGGGGAAAGUUUCAGUGCAGCAAGUACUAUACAGAAACAUGUAACAAAGAAUUGCUCAAGUUGUCACAGUGAGCAAAAAUCAUCCUCAUGUCCAACGAUAUCAAGUAAAUAGUUUGAAAUUCAGAUAAACUCAGAUUUCUCCCAAAAGAGCAGCAUCAUUUAAAGCCCUAUUCGGAGGGGACUAGUUUUUCCUGAGGAGGUAAGGGAAAUCCGUGUUUCACAGACUUGAUUUUAAUCCCAUGUGAAUCUGACAUAUCUGUUUUUCUCACACAAUCUCUGUAAAUAUUUCAGAGCAAAUCACCUAAUGUGGACGUUUCUCCAAAAAGUAAGAUCUUUGUCCUCAUGUGCACUUGCAAACUGUAGUCUGGCUUUUUAUGGUGGUUUUGGAGCAGUAGCUUCUUCCUUGCUGAGCAGCCUUUCAGGUUAUGUCGAUAUAGAACUCGUUUUUACUGUGGAUAUAGAUACUUGUCUACCUGUUUCCUCCAGCAUCUUCACAAGGUCCUUUGCUGUUGUUCUGGGAUUGAUUUGCACUUUUUGCACCAAACUAUGUUCAUCUCUAGGACACACAAUGCGUCUCCUUCCUGAGCGGUAUGAUGGCUGCGUGGUCCCAUGGUGUUUAUACUUAAGUACUAUUGUUUGUACAGAUGAACGUGGUACCUUCAGGCAUUUGGAAAUUGCUCCCAAGGAUGAACUAGACUUGUGGAGGUCCAAAAAAACAUUUUCUGGGGUCUUGGCUGAUUUCUUUUGAUUUUCCCAUGAUGUCAAGCAAAGAGGCACUGAGUUUGAAGGUAGGCUUUAAAAUACAUCCACAGGUACACCUACGAUUGACUCAAAUUAGCCAAUUAGCCUAUCAGAAGCCUAAAUUGCCUAAAGGCUUGACAUAAUUUUCUGGAAUUUUCCAAGCUGCUUAAAGGCAGUUAACUUAGUGUAUGUAAACUUCUGACCCACCGGAACUGUGAUAUAGUCAAUUAAAAGUGGAACAAUCUGUCUGUAAACAAUUGUUUCAUGCACAAAUUAAAUGUCCUAAAUGACUUGCCAAAACUAUAGUUUGCUAAUAUGAAAUCUGUGGAGUUUCAAUGACUUAAACCUAAGUGUAUGUAAACUUCUGAUUUCAAUUAAGUCUUUUAUUCAAGUCGUAAAUAAGUUGCAUACAUUUGUAUUGUUUGGACAUAAAGUUUUCAAAGGUGUGGGUUUCAAAUUAUGAGGGGAUGGGAAGUAAUGUGGGCUCAUUUUAAACAAUGGAAGGAUGUGUUGUUUUUUUUAAAAUGGAUGUACUUAUAUAUGCCCUGUACAAGUUAGCAUCUUUAGAGAAAGAUGGGGAGACUAUGGAAUAUUUUUAUUUAAUCAUUCAGUUAAUCCAUUUUUGAUAAUUGAAUUAAUAUGUAUGAAAUAUGCAAUGAUCUAAAAAUGACAGUGUGUAAUCAGUGUACUAUGAAUAACUGCAUUAUGAAUGCUAUUCAAUAUAUUUGAUAUUUAAUCAUUCAUUUAUUGAUUUAAUUAUCAUUUACUCAGUUUAAUAAUCAAGGUGCAAAACAAUGGGAAAAUGCAGCUUGGCUUCUCUAUAGAGAAUUACAGCCUCUUUCUAUCAAACUUUGUAUGACACAAAGGAAGACCUGUGUGAGGAUGCUAAAAGGAUAAUUUAAUGAGCAGAACUGGUGUCCAAAAAAGCCUGAUGAUAUAUGCUUGUUAAUUAGUGCUAAAAAUGACAUGAUAAGCAUGUAAACUUUAUAUGACUUUAAGGGAGAUGUGUGUGGAUGAACAAAAAAGAAAAAAAGGACAAAAAUAAAUAAAGGAACAAAAAAACUGGUGUCCAAAAAAGGCAGAUGAUGUAUGUGCGCUAAUUAAUGCUAGAAAUGAGAUGAAACAAGUAUGUGGACAGACAUACAACUCUCCAUUUUUAGGAAUAUGUGUAACCAACGACUGUAAUAAGGGAAAUCAUUUAAUAUACUAAUCAUAUUAAUGCAGGAAGUAAGGAUAGUUAGUCAAUCUAAAAUAUGUAACCAUAUGAAGUGAUAACAGUGUGUUUUAUACAUAGAAAAUGAAACAGUCAUGCUUUUGCCAUCAUUGAAGCAAGUUGAGGUCAAAGGUGUCCAGCUGGAAGGGAAGCGAAGAUGAAACUAAGGAGGCAUAAGAUGAUUUAACUGGAUGAAGAGGCUAUCCCUCAAAGAGUUAUGGGGAGCAGAAACUAUAAAAAUGUAUGAUUCUGAGGUGUAAUUUUAGAUGCUCCAUGGACCACCUCGGCUUUGUUAUUUUCAUAAUAAUGUCUGUUUUUGGAAUCAGAACUUUGCACCUUCGAUAAAUGUUUGACUCGACUGAGCUUCGAUGGCUGUUGUGGGAAAUCUGCCACGACAAGACUGACUUGACACCAAUCUCCAUUUGAAAUUUUACUUUCCUAUGUCUGAUAACAAAAAUAACUAAUAAAUUGACAGAUUCUUGGCAAGUAAAUUUGUAUUUGGCUCCGUGACUUCACAACACGGUAAAAGAUAUAUUUAAAGUUUUCAAUGUUCAUCAACACCCAAUUGUUCCUCCUAGUGAUGAAGACUAGUAGCAGCAAGUUAAGAGUGUGCAUUGCCACUAUACUGCUUUUCCUGCAAUGUCAGGUUGAAUUUCCAACCGUCUUUGAACCACUGAAAUUUUAGAGAAUUUGUAAAGCAAAAUGGGCUUUAUAAUAUAUAUUUAUAAAAUAUAUAUUCAGAUUCUUAUUAUUAGUGGUGUCUGCUAGGGAAAGUGUCGUUAUCACUAUUCAUACUUUGGGACCCAUAUCUAGAGACCAGAAUAUCAGUAGUAAGACGCUAACAACCAGCACCCUAGCAACUGCCCAACAACACCAUAGUAUCAUGCUGGGGAGUUUUGUACUGGUAAGCACCAUUAAUAUUUGCUUCAGAAAAUGUUGAAAUGAAACUGAUAAGUGUGAUGAUCAGUGGAGUUGCGUUUAUACCUUUAUAAAUAUGAUAUUGGCUAAAAAAUGGAAAGAGUGUUUGAGUGAAAGACUGACCAGUGAAAGAGUAGACAUGAGAGCUGGACUCCACAUCAUAAAAGGAGACCAGACCCUCCUCAUAAUCCACAAACACACACAGUGAGAGUUGAGGAUUAUCAGGCUUUAUAUUCAUUCUCAUUCCUCAGAAUCACAGUCCAGAAUCCAUUCAAUGGAGUCAGUGUGAUCUCUCCCUUCCUGUUAAUGGAUUCUCUGACCACUCCUAAAUCCCAGUCAGUCUUUCUCUUCACCUGCACCUCAAAAUAAAAUCUACCUGAACUGAUCAUUUUUCAUUUAUUUUCAAUCAAUUUAAUGCAUCUUAGUCCCCCCAAACUAAAGUCCCCCCAGUGAAUAUCUGCCAUUUCCACCACUAAAUAUAUGUUGCAUAAAGCUGUUACAAUGUCUGGUAAUACUCCUUCUUUCAGGAAAGUGAAACCAAACACAAAGUACACAUUUAUAUUUAUACCAACUCAGAAACAGUUAUUUUGUUUAACAGAGCUGUUCUUGUGUGUGGGAGUUGUGUCGAAGUCUGUUUCCCUGUCGGAUUCUGUUUCUCCCUAGUCCCGCCCCCGUCCUAACGGCGAAGGAAGCGCGCAUUCUCAAAAAGCUCGCCCCCGAGAUGCAGUGCUCGUACCACUGAGGUACUACGGAGAGCGCUAAGGCUCAAAACUAGAGUUUUGAGCGAGUUUUAUCUGUAGAAUGCUGUAUUCUAGAAGUGAAAGGCAAAUUUCUUGACUGUCUAGUUAUAUUUUGAAAAUGGGGUAACAGAACCUAUGUUUGUUGCGUUUUUUAUGUCUUUAUGAGCACAACCACCUACUGUUAUUCUAUC